GAUGCUCGCUGCGGCCCCCCCACUUGUCGGCAACAGGUGGAACCCAGGCCCAAGGAGCCAUGUGCUGGCCACGGUCGUGGAGCCAAAUUCUCCUGUCAGUUUUCUUCUCCCUCCUUCUCAUCCAACUGUUUAUCAGCUUCUCAGAGAAUAGCUUUUCCCAAAUCUCCAGGCACAAGAACACGCGCAGACUGAAAUCCGUGGAUGACGGAUGUACUGUACAGAAAAAUUGUCAAAUGUGCACAGAAGAUAAUAGUUGCUUUUGGUGCAGUCAAGAAAAUACUUGCAAAAGAAUUUGUUUUCCAUAUUUUGGGUGUCAACUCAGUUCUGCAUUUUGGUUAAACUGUCGCAUUGACUUGUUUGGAUUCCUGAUGCUUCUACUCCUUAUAAUAUUGAUUAUAGCAUUUAUUUGUCAAUACUGCCUCUAUCUUCAUUACAUGCACAGAGCGCAAGUCUAUAUUGCUGGAAGACCACAUUCAAUUUACCUUCCUCAUGGGAGUGCUCCUGGCAAGUAUUCUAAUUUAUUUGGUGAGAUGUCCCAGACUCUUCCACUUGACAACUUUAAACCUUCUCCUACUUACAACGUUCCUCCUUACCUGGAACUCAAAUUUCGUAGCUUCCUUCCGCUCAUCAUGCUCUGCUCCUGGGCAGGUCCUCACACUCCUGGAACCCCAACUGAAGUCAGAACUGUGGCCCCCUUGUUCAUCUGGGUAAUUGGACCAUAA